AUGUCUGCGCUGGGACCACCGCAGCAUGCGGUGAUCCUAGCAGAGGUAUUCUAUCAGAGCUACUACGAGCUUUCUCUAAUGGGUCACGCAUCUUCGAAAGAAGUGCGCCGUGAACCUCAAACAACGAGGCGAUUGUCGAAACCACCGACUAAUAUAUCCUCGAUCAAUACAGAUCAAACAAAGGCCGGAAAGUUGCCUAGAAGCCCUGAUCAUGACCGGACCCAACUACUUGAUGAGUCCAUGUUCUGGAAGAGCCCAUGGACGGGGGAUCUCUUACCUAAAGCCAAUCCCGAAACAGAUUUGACGGACCGCAACAGGGUGCGGUCGUUCACGUCGUUCGCCAGCUUACAGCCCGAGUCACGAGGGUCCCUCCAGGGGAGCAAACGCUGGUCCAGCAUUGACGACUUUGUUCUGACGAAGCAUGACAGCUCGCCGCCACGAUCGAGCUCUUUCAUCUCUAGGAGACUUUCAAGGAGACCAUCGAUGGUUCAAAGACCAAAUUCCCAGCCACAAUCAGAAGGAGUGACAGUUGGAGAAACUCGCAGAGAGCCCGUUAUUCAUUUUGGUCCUUCGGAUAUUGGAAGUCAUGAUCUGCAUUCAUCAGUCGAAAUAUUGACAUCAGAAGACCGGUCACCAGUCGAAGAUUCUCGGAUUCUUAUGGGUCGUCGAACAUCUUUCCGUAGACCGGGUGUUGCGACCCGAACCCCCUCCUGGGGCUUGUAUUGCACACCGCUUUCGUCAAUCCAACAAGAAGAUGAGAAACCCUCUUUGCCUGGCAUCUCUACGUCACAGUCUGUAUACGAACAGGAAGAGGAAGAUGACUAUAUGCCGAUCUCUAGAUAUCAUAGUCGUGCCACGUCUCCAGUCGCAUUAGAUUACUCCCACUUGAGUGGGUUCAAGAGAGGCACUUUAAGAAUCGUCAAUGCCUCUGUAUCUCCGGCAAGCACUGAUCGCAUUCGCCUUCUCACAACAUCGUCCUCCCACGGCAAACUUCCCAAACCCACCUUGUCUCAAGGCGAUUCCGCCGUAUUUAUUUCAGAUAGCGCACAUCAGGAUGACGCUGUUGUUAUCCCCGAUGGUGCAUUUUACUUUGAGGAUUCGGACGCCUCGGGUGGUGGCCAUUAUCUGGGGACAACUGAAGCUCUGACCUCGGAAGCAAUCGAAUAUACAAGGAUGGAAGAGAUUCAAUCCAAUACAAACGCUGAUAGCGGAUACAGUUCAGUCAGCUCGAUCCACUCCGGCAAAUCUACAGGACAGUCGGGAUCUUCGCCUUCCAGCUCCCCGAUGUCUAGUCCUACGCGGUGCGAAAUGGGAAGUCCUUCGAAUCGGAAAUCAUACCUUGUCAAGAGUAUAUCAUCAAAGCCAAACGAUGUCAUUCUGAAAAAUCUCGUUCUGCCCGGAAGCAGCCAGUCCUCAACCUACAAGAAAGCCAACAAUCCCGAAUUUAAGCAACUACCAUAUACCAUUUCUGAGCAAAAUCGCUAUUAUGCUCAGCUCAGCCCCUUGAGUAUCCCAGCUGUUCCGGAAGCAAUUGGCAUUUACAACAAAGUGAGCGACGAUGAGAUCUCAGAAAGCGAGAUAGAUGACGAUGAGCAGAUACAAAGUCCUUUUUCACCUAUUCUGCCGAAGCACGCCUUUGCACAAGUUACAAAGGAACAGUUCGAGGAAACAACCCAAUCAGCAAUUCCAAGCCAUACUCUUCCUCCUACAGAUAAGGCACAAAACUACGAAACACCUCGGGGACGAGCCCAAUCACGCAGUUUUGGCCGUAAAAAAUUGGUCAAGAGUCGCAAAGUCGCCGUUUGA